GUACUGCUGGUCCGCCAUUGCCGUUGAUCGGAAGCUCAAGGGUGUAUAUGAAAUCCGAAAUUUGGAAUGGACACUAAGAGCCAUCCGUCGAUGCAAGGCUAUCAGCAGCCAGUUAAGAACACUGUUGAAGGGUAUUAAACGAAAAUUUUACUUGUAUGAUUUAGUUUAGAAUCGAUAAACUAGAUAAAAUCAGAGGGCGGGAAGAGCAGUCGGACGACAGUUCCAUUGUUUGUCCAUUUUGCCUGGAAGAACGCUGUCUUAAAAUUCACCUGUUUCCUGAAAAGUACCCAUUAUAUAGUACAAGCUUCCGAAAAAACACUGACAGGAGAUGCACCUGUGAACGGGGUCAAGGCAGUUAGUCAAGCUGAUGCAGCAGCUGCAGCUGCAGCAGCCGCGACCGCUGCAGUGGUAGCAAAAAACAACAAAACUAGAAAGCCACUUAACGCACCAGCAAUGAUGGAGGCAGUAGAUGCAAAGAAGGCCCAGUCACCUGUCCAAAAGAGGCACACAGGACGGAUUACAAAUCAACUCAUGUAUCUCAAGAAUGUAGUCAUGAAGAGCGUAUGGAAACACCAAUUUGCCUGGCCUUUCCAUCAACCUGUUGAUCCAAAGAAACUUGGAAUUCCAGAUUAUUUUGAUAUCAUUAAAAAUCCAAUGGAUCUUGGCACAAUAAAAAAGAGACUUGAAACAAACUACUACUACAGCGCAAAAGCCUGCAUCUCGGAUUUCAAUCUGAUGUUUACGAACUGUUAUGUAUAUAAUAAACCGGGAGAGGAUGUUGUGUUAAUGGCGCAGGCAUUAGAGAAACUGUUUUUAACUAAGGUGGCCCAAAUGCCUCAGGAAGAAAUUGAGCUUGCACCUCCAACUAAACCAGGUGCUGGUGAGGAUGGCAAAAAAUCUAAAAAAGGACCUGUACAAAGAGCGAAAUUAACAGCAGCAAUGAAUACACCAUUACAACUUCAAGAUCCAGUUUCAACAACACCAGUCGAUGCUGCCGAACCAAUUAAUUUUACACCAAAUGCAAUGCCCGAUGCAGUACAACCUGCUUUGAACAAACCAGGACUUGCUGCAGCUCCACUACAACAGUUAGUUCAACCGCAAGCUGGAGCAGUAUUACCCUCCGCAGCACAGCAAACUCAGGCUAAGGUUAAAUCAAAAGGUAUAAAAAGGAAGGCCGACACAACAACGCCCACUACAGAAGGAACAACAUCUCCCACAGAACUAAUGAUUGUUGAAAAGCCACCAAAGAUAAUGUCACGGAGAGAAAGUGUACGGGAAAAAAAACCUGUUAAACGUGAUCUACCAGACACCGCUCAGCAUUCAAAAGGAAAGAAAGCCAAACUUCCUGAACAAUUACGUUACUGCAAUAAUAUCCUCAAAGAACUUACAUCAAAAAAGCAUGCUGCAUAUGCAUGGCCUUUUCACAAACCAGUUGAUGUGGAUGCAUUGGGCUUACAUGAUUAUUAUGACAUCAUUAAGAAACCUAUGGAUCUUGGAUCAAUUAAGACAAAAAUGGAGAAAAGAGAUUACAAAAGUGCUAAUGCAUUUGCUAGUGAUGUACGAGUAAUGUUUACAAAUUGUUACAAAUAUAAUCCUCCUGACCACGAUGUUGUUGCCAUGGCCAAGAAAUUACAGGAGGUUUUUGAAUUAAAAUUUGCAAAAAUGCCAGAUGAGUUACUAGACAGUGAUCCUGAGGAGAAAGAAUCAACACCAGGCACUGCAGGUACAGAGAGAAUUAGUCACACUGGUAGUAGUGAUUCGUCGGAAAGUAGUACGGAUGCAGACAGUGAGACAGAAAGAGAAUUGAGAUUAGCAAAUUUGCAAGCGCAGCUUAAGGCAGUUCAAGAGGAGUUACAAACAUUCACAUCCACACCAGGACAAUCCAUACCAUCGGUCUCAGGAAGCAAGCCAAAAAAAAAGAAAGAUAAAGAUUCAAAGGAACAUAAGAAAAAGAAAAAGAAGGAUAAAAACAAGAAGGAACAGAAAUUGGAAGAACAGAGGAAGGAAGAGCAAAAGCAUAGAGAAGAGCUGGCUCUUCUUGAAAAGAAAAGGGAUGAAGAACGAGCAAAAGAAGCAAAAGAAAAGAAGGCAAAGCAAUCAAAGAAAGAUAGUAAAUCUACAAGAAAGCCAAAAGCAAACACAAAGACAAAUAAGUCAAAGAAACCCCCUGCUGGUACGUCAACGUCAACAGCUGUUGGAUAUGAAAGCGAAGAUGAUGACACAGCAAAACCUAUGUCAUAUGAUGAGAAAAGACAAUUGAGUUUAGAUAUAAAUAAAUUACCCGGUGAUAAACUGGGACGUGUUGUACAUAUUAUUCAAUCCAGAGAACCAUCGCUAAAAGAUUCCAACCCUGAUGAAAUUGAGAUCGACUUUGAGACACUGAAGCCCUCCACUCUGCGGCAACUUGAACGAUAUGUAAUGUCGUGUUUGCGGAAAAAACCAAGAAAACCUUACUCCUCUAAAAAUAAGACUGGAAAGUCGAAAGAAGAUUUAGACAAGGAGAGGAAAAAGGAACUUGAGAAGCGACUAGAAGACGUUAGUGGACAGCUAGAUCUAAACUAUUCAAAUAAGAAACAAUCAAAGAAAGCAGCAACACAAGAGGCUGUCGACAACAUUACUGGCCCAAGGAGACUAAGUGCCAGCAGUAGUAGCUCAUCUGAUAGCGGUAGUGGGAGCAGUAGUAGCAGUGGCUCAUCCUCAUCAGACAGUAGUGAUUCAGAAACAGGGCCAUCACCUAAAAAGAAAUCAAAGAAGCUGACUCCAGUUAAACGGCGAAAUGCUUCAAAACAGCUGACUACUCAACAGAAUACAACUCUUUCAGUAGGUGAUUUGACAUCAGGGACAGCUGUCAAUCAACCAGAAAAAACUGUCACUCAACCAGCGGCACAUCAACCACCAAGGGAAAAGACACCACCAAAACCAGCUCCAAUGUCUCAUCGUACUAUGCCUGCCAUGCCUAGCAGACCAUCCAGCAAAGCCGCUCCUCUUCCUGUUAAAAACCGAACCUCCAUUCCAUCUGUAUCAUCACCUCCAUAUGCAGGUCCUCCAAUUCCAGUCAACCCUUCAGCUCAGGCCAUUCCACAAUCUCCUGAAGUAACAACACCAGAACCAGUUCAUCCUUCUUUGGCAAUAUCUCAUAAAAGAGGGACUUUAGUUCAUCAGCAACAACAAUCAGCGAUGCCUUUAACACAACAUCCUUCUGCACUUAAUCCACCUUCACUACUGCCGUCUGCAUUACAGCCACCUGUAACGCAGCCACCUGUAUCACAACCACCUGUGUUGCCAUAUCAGGCUCCUACAAUACAAAAUUAUUUACCUGCAAGUCAACUUCCAAUACCUGUUACACAACACCAUACAUCUGAGCAUACAAUGAGGCAACCACAGGUAUCUACUUCCCAACAUGGUAACCUGCUUGCACAGUCAGGACCGAGUCAUAUGCGGACAAGACAGAACUCGGGACCAAAACCAGUCUUACCCGUGUCGCCGGUGCUUCGUCCAGACUUGCCCAUGCAAUCAACACUCAACCAACCCAAAGUUAACCACAUCCAACAUCAGCCACCACCUCAUCCUGUCCAACAAACCUCAACUCCAGUGCAGCCUUCUGCAGUAAAUAAACGGCAAUAUCCAGGUACGAGUAAGCCACCUGUGUCUCAGCGGAGAGCAACGCCUCCAAGGAACAGACAGCAAUCACCAAUCUCGGCCCAGAUCUCAUCGGAAGAUAGUCUUAUGUCGUCACCAGAGAGCCCUGUCAUACAUCACAAUAAUUCCCACCAGAAAGCGCAGCUGCCGCAUGCCACUCAACCAGUCACUCCUACCCAACCACAAGCAGUUCAAAAGACUCAGGUGCGAUCUAUGUCAGGUUCCUCGCUUGCACCUCCGCCAGAAAAAAAGCAACGGAUGGUACCGGACAGAUCCAAAGAACCAUCGCCAGUAAAAUUCACAAUAGGAGAUGUUGAUGUAACAAAAUCACAGCCAAGAACUAUACCUCAAGUGCAAGAGGAUACAAACAAUAAAACUGGUACCUUGUCCACAAGUAGCAGUUCUGAAAAUCUGAAGAAACUUGAUACACCAGGUCAGAAAAAGGAUGUUCGCAUCCCUAAUGUCAACUCUUGGUCUAACCUGGCUACAACCUUGAAUUCAAAGAACACAGUCAAGACCUCAUCAUCUAAAGCAAGUUUCGAAAUGUUCAAGAAGCAAGCUAUUGAAAAGAAAGAAAGACAAAAACAGUUUAUUUAUCAGGAAGAAUUACGGAAGCAACAGAAGCAACAAGCAGAACGAGAUCGAAUUCGGCAGGAGAGGGAAAAAUUAAGAGAAAAAGAAGAGGAGGAAGCCUUUGAUAGGGCUCGUAAAUCACAGCAAGAUAGCAUGCAGCGUCAACAAUCAAUAAAAGAAAGGGAACGUCUAAGAGAACAAGAAAGGAGGAAACGUGAAGCUAUGGCCGGUAACAUCGACAUGAAUGCGCAAAUGGAAGUCAUGAAAGAUUUUGAACAGAUGUUUUGAUGUGAAAUAAUAUUUAUUGGCGGAUUAAAUACUACAAGGCUGAAACAAUUUUCAACUUUCUUUCCAAGCAAAUCCUAUUGACUACAAGAUACAUGUGAAUUUACUGAAAAGGUGCUCUGUUUUACUGAUGCUCUGUGGAAGAAUUUUCGGAGUAGGGGUGCUUCCCCAGACCCUGUCAUGACAUUGUCGUAUGAUAGAAAAGUCUUUCGUGAAGGUGCUGACAAGAAACCUGAUAUGAGGAGAAAAAGAAUUGCAGUUGUUAUUUCAGAUGGCUAUGUAUUAUAUUUAUAUAAGACAUUGGUUUACUGUUUAAAUUAGUUAAUUUAACAAUGAGCUAAAUAUAUAAUUUAUAGAGAGAGAGAAGAAUUGUUUAUGUGUACAAACAUCCAAAUAAACGCAUAUUUGCAUGUACUGACACGUAGGCAGAUGAUAGCAGUCUGGGUUAUGUGGAAUAAACAAGCUUAAACUAAAGAAAUUGCUGUUCCAAAAGGCAUUGUUUUUGAAAAUAGUAAUACUAUAUAUGAAUCCCUAUAAUUGGAAUGAGGUUAGCAAACAUGUAACCAUGUAGUCACAUACUGAGUGGUGAUCCACUUUAAGGUAUAUUUUUUUGUGCUUGGAACUAUACACAUGAUGAAUCAACAACAGCUAUAAAAGUUAGUCAAACUCUAUUUUCAUUUGCUUCAGAUCCAGUUAUCUAAUUUCUACUUGUGUGUUUAAUUAAAUAGUUAUUAAAAACUGUACAAAAAUGAUAUCUUUAAAGUUCCAUUCGCAUAAAAGUCAACCAAUUAAUUCAAUAUGCACAAUCAUAUCAUUUUAGGUAUCAUUUAAUAGAUAAUGAUUUUGUAUAAACUAUUUAUUAGGCAAAGGAACAAGAUAAUUAUUCAUUAUUGAGCAAAAUUAUGUGUGUUGAUGAUAUAGAACAUAAUACAAUUUAAUUUUUGUACAUGUAUUAAUAUUGAUAGAAUCUUAAUAUUAUUUAUAUUCAUAUUUCUAAAUUUUGUCUUGCACUAAUGUGUACACCACUCGUGUUAACAAUGUGUAUAAAAAUAUACAAUGGUAUCUGAUAGCGCUGCCAAUUUUAAUGUACAGUCUUAUAAUUUUCCUCCUGAUUUUUUCAAACAUACUGUUAAACCAUCCUAAUAAUUUCCAUGAAACACUGAAAAAAUGAUUCAAUAUUUAUUUUCUAUACAAUUAAACUUAGUUUCAUCACCUUGAUUGCUGGCCAACACAAUUCCUAACCUCCACACUCUCCAAUAUUCUCCAUUAUUUUAACAAUAAUUUUAAAUAUGUUUUUAAACUUCAUUUUUUGCUAAAAUGUUUUGUUUUUCCAAAUUUUUGUAACCUGAAAGAAAAUAAGAUAUAAUUAAAAACUGAAUAAAAAAAACAUGUGUAAAAAAAAAAGAAAAUCGAAAAAAAAAAAAUGAAAAAGACUUGUUGUUUUUCUUGUUCUCAUUAUGUAGUUGAUUGAUUAUUAUUGUUAAUGUUUGUGUAAAGAAUACAAGAAUGAAUAGAGACAUUUAAUGUCACAAAGAGGUAUACUGUACAGUCUUUUAAUUGUCACAUAUAAAUUAUAGUCCUCUUAAAGUUAAAAAAAAUUUCCCAUGGGAAUUUUUUAAAAAUAUGAUUCAUAUUUCUGUUAUAUUUAUAUAACAUUUCCUUUCUAAAAAAAAAAUAAAAAAAUAAAUUUCUAAUAUACUCUUCAUUUAAAAAACAAAAAGGUUUAUUUCAUAUAAUAAAAUUUAAAUGACGGUACACAGAAUUUCAUCCCUACGUAUUAAUUGCAAUUUUGUAUAAUACAAGAAAAAUGCUCCUAGAUUAAUAAGUAAAUUUGUAUGUUUUCAUGGUAGUACCAUAUUAUGCUAGCAUUUUAUAUAAAAAUAAAACUUUUAUUUAGUUAUUUGGCUCUAAAAUGUCUUGUAUACAAUUUCAAGAUACUUUUUGUUUAUCAAUUAAAAUCAAUUCAAGUAACAUUGCUUAGAUUCAAAUACAACUGUCACAUUAAAAGAAGAUGUGUAAAAGUAAGCGUAAAUUACUGGGAAAGACAAACAUCCAAGAAAGAGGGAAAAACAAUAAAUGUAUUUAUUUUAACAAUCGAGAUGUUUUUAAUGAAAAUAAACUUGGAAGUGGUGUCUUAUCAAAUGGGAACAAGAUGAUAGCAAGCAUUAAAAUAUAAUAUCUUGUGGGUGUUUACAAUUAGACGACAUAGUUGGUGAUGCGACAUUUUAUUAGAAAUAUUGUCUUGCAGUUAUUGACAUUGUCUUGUCUAUUGUAAUACCAUAGGUAGUGUAGAAUAUAUACAGUGGUGGAUGUUAAUAAUCAUUGAGCCAUUGUAAAGUAGUUUCACAAUGUUACAGAUAUAGCAAUUUCUUCUUCAGUGUGUUUCUACUUCCCCCUAAUAGUUUCAUUAUUGUUUCUGUUUUAUAUAAUUGUUUUCACAUAUUUGUACUGCACUCAAAAUUUCUGUCUCAUUUAUUUUAAGUGUAUUAAGCGUUGGGUGAUAAUACUAAUUAUUACCGUAUUAAUAGCCCGCUUGUACAUAUUUAUAACUCACUGAUUUUCUGUCAUGUUAAUGCCUUUGGUUAAAAGCUGUUGUAUAGUCUUGUGUUAAAUUUGGAGUAAUACUAGUAGUGUUAGAUCGAGAAAAAAAGAGUUGAAAAGAAGGAACAUGAACAAGCUGUAAAGUGCCAGUCUUCAAUUGAAAGGUUUGGGGUUCGAGUCUGGCCACUCAUUUCAUUUUUGUCUUUAGAUUGGAUUAGUCUAGCUUUGAUUAAUGCAAUGUUCCAUUGUUUACAAACUUUAUACAAAUUUGUAAUCAAUUCUCUUUAAGUUGUACCUUUAAGUAUAUCAGUAGUAAUUUAUUGCAAUGUAUUAAUUGGAUUAUUGAUCAAAAUUAAUUCAGCAUAAUGUAUUUUUUUUUUUUGGCUGUCUGUGUAUUCACUAACAAUAAGUUAAUACUGUAACUUCGUACCAUAACAUUGUGAUUUUUAAGUGAAAGGUAGUUUUUCCAAAAUUCCUUGGAUACACAGGUCGUAAUAUGCAUUUUUUAAAAUUUGGGUUUUAUUAAUCAUUUGAAGCAAUUUAUUUUCUACAGUUAGGAGUGUCAUGCCUUCUCCAAAGACAGGUCUUCUGUGCUUCUCUUUAGUUCUACAUAAGGCUUGUUUGCCUUCAGAUUAUCUAUCGCUGCCUUCAGAUCAUCUAUCGCCCCGUUCCAUGCACUUUGCCUUCUCCAUUUCAUUCAUAUUUCAUUAUUCUCUCAAAAAUUCUAAUUCCCUUUAAGAUAUGACCAAUUUUUUCUUAUAACUCACUUUUCUUCUGUAUGUGAUUGUACUUUCUCAUAUCUUCCUCUUUUCCCAGAUCGCUUUCUGCAUUCAAUUCUCCACCCCCACAUCUCAUAAAACUACUUUAUUAUUUUAGUAGUUGUCCAUUCCAUUUGUUUUGUCUUUGCUCUAUUUCGACUAUUCUAUACCCAGGUCUCAAUAGUAAAAUAUUUCAGUUUCAAUUACAGGCACUGAUAACAAUUAAAAAUAAAUUUAUUUUGUGGUUAGCGCAGUGCAGCAGUGUGACUAAUGAUGUUACAAGCUUUGUUUUAUAAGUUAAAUUUAAAAGCAAUAUCAAUAGUUAAAAGAAUUUUUUUUUAAGGUUUGUUUACAGUAGUUGAUAUUAGUAAAGUAGUUGAAAAGUUCUCUUUUGUUUAUACAGUACAACUCCUUAUGAGAGAACAUUGUAUACUGGGGUUGGAUUUCCUGGUAGAAUUGUAUUAAACUAUUUUCGUACCAAAUAAAAAAAGAAGAUAAGAAAAUAUAAAAAAAAAAAUAUAAAAGUGUAUGCCACUGUAGACCCUUCCCCCCACCCCCAUAUUCUUGUUAGUAGGUCACCUUGCUUGUUGUAAAUAGCAUAGGUCCUUAGAAAUGUCAUGUGAUUGUUUUCUGUUUUGUGAUUUUUGUCCAACCAGCAUUGAAGUGGGUGUGGCUCCCACCAUAACAGAUUACAAAAUACAACAAUAUUCUUUAAGGUUUUUUUUUUUAGGCAAUAUGGUAUACAUCAACAAUGGAAGUUUGAAAUUCAAGAAAGUUGUCUAUAAUAUUUACAAUAAAAUACUUCUCAACAUGUAUGAA